AUGUUGGUCAUUGUGUUGCUACUAGCACUACUAUGUCAUGCCGUAUGCAAGAAACAUUCCAUUAAUUGCAGCAUAUAUGACGAUCCCCUUCCCAUUACUCAUAAAUUUUACCAGUCAGGAGACCUUCUCAUUGGUGAAAUUGUUUCUCAAGUAUUCUACCUCUAUGAUCUCCUCUCUUUUAUGAAACAGGCUACACAGAUUGUGAUUUAUGAACCGAUUUCAGUGCCAAAGAACUACCAGCACAUCCUGGCCUUGGCAUUUGCUGUAAAAGAGAUCAACGAGAGUCCCAAUAUUUUAUCAAAUCUCUCCCUGGGAUUCAGCAUUCUUAAUAGCUACUACACUGCAAGGAUGACCUACAAGGCCACCCUCAGCCUGCUUUCUGCACAACAUAGGUUUGUCCCCAACUUCAAGUGUCACAACCGGAACAAUCUGAUAGCUGUCAUUGGAGGAUGUCUUUCUGAGAUCUCUGUCAAUGUGGCCAUCAUUUCAGCAAUCCACAAAACUCCGCAGCUCACUUAUGGAUCGUUUCUGCCAGGACAGCAUGCUAAAAUGCAAUACCCUUUUUUGUAUCAGAUGGUCCCAAAUGAAGCCCACCAGCACAUAGGAGUAGUGCACUUACUUCAGCAUUUUGGAUGGACAUGGGUUGGACUCAUUGCUGUGGAUGAUGACAAAGGGGACAGGUUUUUACAAACAAUUGUGCCAAUGCUUUCACAAAAUGGCAUCUGCUAUUCUUUCAUAUUAAGACUACCAAAAUGGAAUUAUCUGGAUGAAAUUAUAGACUUGGCAGUACAGCAUUUUGACAGCUAUACAAUUGCAUUUGAGGCAACAGCUAAAGUAUUUUUUGUAUAUGGAGAACCUCCAUCUUUUCAAGGUUUGAGAAUAUUGCUGUUUGCAGCACCCUUCUUCUCUUUGCCACCUCUGGGUAGAGUGUGGAUUGUUACAUCUCACUGGGAUUUUGCAUCACUUUCUGUUCAAAAAGAUUGGGAUUUACAAAGCUUUCAUGGUACCAUAUCCUUCACAGCUCACUCAAAUCAGCCAUCAGGAUUCCCAAAGUUCCUUCAGAUGCUAAAACCCUCCUGGGAAAAAGGAGAUGGCUUUAUCCAAGACUUCUGGGAGCAGGCAUUUAGCUGUUCAUUAGAAAUGUCUAUGGGCCAAGAGAAGAACCAGAAGGAAACCUGCACAGGGGAAGAGAACCUGGAGAGUCUUCCUGGAAGUGUAUUUGAAAUGAGCAUGACUGGACACAGCUACAAUGUCUACAAUGCAGUAUAUGCAGUGGCACUUUCCUUGCAUGCCAUAUACAAAUCCAGCCCCAAUGAGAGAAGGUUGAUAGAAGGAAAGAAACUGUUUUUUCAGAGAGUUCAACCAUGGCAGAUCCAUAACUUUCUCAGAGGCUUCACAUUCAACAACAGUGCUGGAGAUACUGUGUGCUUUAAUGAAAAUGGGGAAUUGGUUGUAGGUUUUGACGUUACAAACUGGUUGAUUUCUCCUAAUGGGUCGGUAAUUAGAGUCAAAGUUGGAAGACUGGAACCUCAGGCUCCUACAGGCAAAGAGUUAACCAUUCAUGAUGAUCAAAUUGUGUGGCAUCAAAGCUUUAAUCAGGUGGAUCCUCUUUCUGUGUGCAAUGACAACUGCUAUCCUGGCUACAGCAGGAAAAAGAAGGAAGGGGAGAAAUUUUGCUGCUACGAUUGUGCUCCAUGUCCAGAAGGGAUGGUCUCUAAGUGGAAAGGUAGGAGGAUGUUUCUUUGGAGAAUAUACAUGGAUGCCUGUGCCAAUUGUCCAGAAGAUCAGUAUCCCAAUAAGGAAAAAACUCAAUGUAUUCCCAAAGUUCCAAGCUACCUCUCUUACAAAGAGAAUUUAGGGGUCAGCUUAGUUACCUUAGCUAUUACUUUCUCCUUCCUCACAACCUUAGUACUCUUAACUUUUGUGAAGCACAGUGAUACCCCCAUAGUCAAAGCCAACAACCACACCUUGACCUACAUCCUUCUCAUCUCCCUCCUCCUUUGCUUCCUCUGCUCCUUCCUCUUCAUUGGAAAGCCUGGAAAGCUCAUCUGCCUUCUCCGACAAACAGCAUUUGGCAUUGUCUUCUCUGUGGCCCUUUCCAGCAUUUUGGCCAAAACCAUCACUGUGGUUCUGGCAUUCAUGGCAACCAAGCCAGGAUCUAGGAUGAGGAAGUGGGUGGGGAAAGGACUGUCAAAUUCGAUUGUCCUUUCUGGGUCAUUCGUUCAAACUGCCAUCUGUACUCUUUGGUUGAGAACUUCCCCUCCAUUCCCAGAUACAGAUAUGCACUCAGUCAUGGGGGAAAUAGUACUGGAAUGUAAUGAGGGUUCAGCGGUCAUGUUUUACUGUGUCUUGGGCUAUAUGGGUUUUUUGGCCAUUGUCAGUUUCUUUGUAGCUUUCCUAGCCAGGAAACUACCUGACAGUUUCAAUGAGGCCAAAUUUAUCACUUUCAGCAUGUUGGUGUUUUGCAGUGUUUGGAUAACCUUCAUUCCAACCUACCAAAGCACCAAAGGGAAAUACAUGGUAGCUGUGGAGAGUUUCUCCAUAUUAUCCUCCAGUGCUGGAUUACUGGGUUGCAUAUUUUUCCCUAAAUGUUACAUUAUUGUGCUUAGGCCAGAGUUGAACAGCAAGGCACAACUGAUAAACAGAAAAAAUUCAACUCCUAAGAACUAUCAGCACAUCCUGGCCUUAGCAUUUGCUGUCAAAGAGAUAAAUGAGAAUCCCCACAUCUUAUCAAACAUGUCUCUGGGGUUCCAAAUUCUCAAUAGCUACUACACUGGAAGGAUGACCUAUAAGGCCACCCUGAGCUUGCUUUGCACAAGGCAUAGGUUUGUCCCGAAUUUCAAGUGCCACCACCAGAACAAUCUGAUAGCUGUCAUUGGAGGAAGCAUCUCGGAGAUCUCUGCCAAUGCUGCAAUCAUUUUAGCAACUCACAAGACUCCACAGAUGGUCCCAAAUGAAACCUACCAGCAUAUGGGAAUUGUGCAGUUACUUCAGCAUUUUGGAUGGACGUGGAUUGGGCUCUUGGCUGUGGAUGAUGACAGAGGGGACAGGUUUUUACAGACAAUUGUGCCAAUGCUUUCCCAGAAUGGUAUCUGUUCUGACUUCAUAGUAAGAUUGCCAAAAUGGAAUUACCUAGAUGAAAUUCUAAACAGGAUUGUGCAGCAAUGGGAAUAUUAUGAAGUGAUCUUCGAUAGAAAAGCCAAUGUGUACUUUGUAUAUGGAGAACCUCCAUCCUUUCAAGGCUUGAGACUGUUGCUGUUUCUAGCACCAUUCUUCAAACUGCCACCUCUGGGCAAAGUGUGGAUUGUAACUUCCCACUGGGAUUUUGAAUCACUCUCUAUUCAAAAGAUAUGGGAUAUACAAGCCUUCCAUGGUUCUAUAUCCUUCACUGUGCACUCAAAUCAGCCAGUAGGAUUCCAAAGGUUCAUUCAGAUGGUCCAUCACUUUCUAAAGCACAUUAUAUUCAACAACAGUGCUGGAGACAGUGUGUACUUCAAUGAAAAUAGAGAACUAGUUACUGGUUUUGAUGUUACAAACUGGAUGCUCUUCCCUAAUGGCUCAGUGGUUAGAGUGAAAGUUGGAAGUCUGAAACCUCAGGUUCCUCCAGCCAAACAGUUAACCACUAAAGAUGACCAAAUUACAUGGCACCCAUGCUUUAAUCAGGUUUGUUGUAACUGCUAUGCUGGGUAG